CGGAGGGCGGCGCGGCCGGGAGGACGGGGCGAAGGGGCGCGAGCUCUCCGCGCCUCUCCCCCCACCUCCUCCUCCUGCGGCUGCCCGUUCCGUGCACGCAGCAGCCGGAGCUGCCAAGCGCCAGGGCCGCGGCGAUGUCGUCGUCGUCGCCGCCGGUGGGGGCUGCCAGCGCCGCCAUCUCGGCCUCGGAGAAAGUGGACGGCUUCACCCGGAAAUCGGUGCGCAAGGCGCAGAGGCAGAAGCGCUCCCAGGGCUCGUCGCAGUUCCGCAGCCAGGGCAGCCAGGCGGAGCUGCACCCCUUGCCCCAGCUCAAAGAUGCUACUUCCAAUGAACAACAAGAGCUUUUCUGUCAGAAGUUACAGCAGUGUUGUAUACUGUUUGAUUUCAUGGACUCUGUUUCAGACUUGAAGAGCAAAGAAAUUAAAAGAGCAACACUGAAUGAGCUGGUUGAGUAUGUUUCAACUAAUCGUGGUGUAAUUGUUGAAUCAGCAUAUUCUGAUAUAGUAAAAAUGAUCAGUGCUAACAUCUUUCGUACUCUUCCUCCAAGUGAUAAUCCAGAUUUUGAUCCAGAAGAGGAUGAACCCACACUUGAGGCCUCUUGGCCUCACAUACAAUUGGUGUAUGAAUUCUUCUUAAGAUUUUUGGAGAGCCCUGAUUUCCAGCCUAGCAUUGCAAAGCGAUACAUUGAUCAGAAAUUUGUCCAACAGCUCCUGGAGCUUUUUGAUAGUGAAGAUCCCAGAGAACGUGACUUCCUGAAGACUGUUCUGCACCGAAUUUAUGGGAAAUUUCUUGGAUUAAGAGCAUUCAUCAGAAAACAAAUCAACAACAUUUUCCUCAGGUUUAUAUAUGAAACAGAACAUUUCAAUGGUGUUGCUGAACUCCUUGAAAUAUUAGGAAGUAUUAUCAAUGGCUUUGCAUUGCCACUGAAAGCAGAACAUAAACAAUUUCUAAUGAAGGUUCUUAUUCCUAUGCAUACUGCAAAAGGAUUAGCUUUGUUUCAUGCUCAGCUAGCCUACUGUGUUGUACAGUUCCUGGAGAAAGAUACUACACUAACAGAACCAGUGAUCAGAGGGUUGCUGAAAUUUUGGCCAAAAACAUGCAGUCAGAAAGAGGUGAUGUUUUUAGGAGAAAUUGAAGAAAUCUUAGAUGUCAUUGAACCCACACAGUUCAAAAAAAUCGAAGAACCCCUUUUUAAGCAGAUAUCCAAGUGUGUAUCCAGUUCUCAUUUUCAGGUUGCAGAAAGGGCAUUGUACUUCUGGAAUAAUGAAUAUAUUCUUAGUUUGAUUGAGGAGAACAUUGAUAAAAUUCUGCCAAUUAUGUUUGGCAGUUUGUACAAAAUCUCCAAAGAACACUGGAAUCCGACCAUCGUAGCACUGGUAUACAAUGUGCUGAAAACCCUAAUGGAAAUGAAUGGCAAGCUUUUUGAUGACCUUACUAGUUCAUACAAAGCUGAAAGACAAAGAGAGAAAAAGAAGGAAUUGGAACGUGAAGAAUUAUGGAAGAAAUUAGAGGAGCUAAAGCUAAAGAAAGCUCUGGAAAAGCAGAACAGUGCUUACAACAUGCACAGUAUUCUCAGCAAUACAAGUGACGAAUAAAAAAAGCCCACCACCGCUGUUGGAUAGGCAGUUUUGUACACUUUUUUGAAAUAUGUAAAAAUUAUGAAACAAACCUCUCAGUAUAAUAUAAUUAAAAGGCCAACUUUUUUUCUGGCAACUGUAAAUGAAAAAUAUGGACUAAACAUAGCCCUGUGCUGUUAUCAUGGCCACAGUAUAUUGUAACCUCUGUCUAAUCAUGGAUUUAUUGUGUCACUUCUCAAGUUUCACCGAAAUGAAUGAACUUUAUCAUCUAUGAUAUAAGUGAGAGAAUUAUGGGAGUGGUAAGAAUUAUGACUUGAAUUCUUUUUUUGAUUGUGUUGCACAUAGAGAUAGUCGUCUGCUCUGUGUAUUUUUCCCUUUUAUAAUGUGCUUUUCACAUUGCUGCAGACCUUAGUUACAUCCUGGGAAAAAGACUAUUUCCUAAAACAAAACUAAGGUGGUAAUCCUUACCCUUCUCUUGGUUGCUCCCAGAAAUACGAUGGGGGGAGUUACCGGCCCUAAGCCU